GUCAAAACGAAUGAUUACACGCAAACAAAAAGAUACGAAAAUAAUAAUUAUCUGAAAUAACUACUGUAUUUCAAUUAAUAAAGCGUAUAAUAAUUGUAAAAAUGGCACAAGAACUGAAAGAACUUAGUAAUUUAUUGUUUCCCGACAAUGCAGCCGAGAAAGUGGAAUACUUCCAUGAUAUUACGGAUUAUAUAAAAAAAUUAGGCUCACAUAAUUGGGAACAUGUACGCAAAGAGCCGGAGAGGUUGACAGAAGAGAUGAGGCAACUAACUGAACAAACCCAGGAGCUGGCCUUUACCAACUAUAAGACAUUUGUAGAGACAGCAGAUAUAUCUCGUACUAUCAUGAAGGACCUGACCAAGUCUAAAGAUUCAUUAUCAUCAUUUGUGGAUACAACACCAAUGUUUAUACAGGAAUGUGAGAAGUUUUCACAAAUGGCUGGCAAUAUUGUCAAGGAGAAAAGCCGAUACAGCAGUAUUCGUAACCAAAGUGACAAACUACUAGAGUUGCUCGAGCUGCCUUCAUUGAUGAGAGAGGCCCUCAAUGCAGAGGACUAUGAGAGUGCUCUAGACAUAUUCACAUUUAUCCGCAACUUAUCUAAAAGAUAUUCUGAAAUUCCAAUUGUGCAGAAUACAACUUCAGAAAUUAUCACAUUAUGGUUUGAGACUCUCUAUCAUCUCUUCAAUCAACUUCGUUAUGACCUCCCUUUGCCCCAAUGUUUACAAAUACUUGGAUAUUUAAGAAGAGCAAACACAGUUUACAAAUCAACUGAUGAUGAACAAGAUACUUAUCAAUUUAUUUCUGGCAAGACCAGCAGCAAUAAUAUUGUAAUAUCAGAUGGUCUGCAUUUACAUUUUCUCAAAGCCAGAAAUGCAUGGUUUGAAAAAGCACUUGAAGAUGCCAAGAAUAAUGAAUCACCAGAAAAGUUAUUAAGAAAAAUAGUGGAACUGCACAGAAUACAUUUGUUCAAUGUACUGACCCAACAUAAAUCCAUAUUUUUGUCUGACACACAAGAGGCCAAAGUGAAAGAUGAUGAGCUAAGUGGAACUAAUGCUCUGUCUUGCUGGUUGAAGUUAAAGGUUGAAAUUCUUGCUCAAAUGUUAAAUCAAGACCUGCCAAGAGAAGAUGAGUCCAGUUUCGAGUCUUUGCUUAACCAGUGCAUGUAUUUAUGUUUGUCAUUUGGAAGAGUUGGAGCAGACAUGAGAUGCGUUUUGACACCAUUAUUCCGUAACAACAUCCUCGCACAAUUUCAUAGUGGUGUAGAAAAAACUGAUAGCCAUUUUGAUAGCCAAAUGCGUUCUUAUAAGGUGUCUAGUAUAAAGAAUGUUCCUAGGCCAGUCAAUGAAAGUAUGGUGCAAGGUCCACCUGAAAACUUGUUGGAUUACUAUCCACUAGCAGAGUAUUGUAAUGGGCUAUUAACAGUUUUGAACUGUCUAAGAGUCACAGCUCCUUUAAAUAUUGUGAAAGAAGUAUACAAUGAGUUUAGAAAGUCAUUUGAGAAGGCUGUGCAAGUCCUACUAGCAUUUUAUCAUAGGGAGCAACAAGGCUUCACAGAUAUUGAAAGGCAGAACUUUGUAUUAUUUUGUGUAUGCUUCAGUGAGGACUUGGUGCCAUAUCUUACCAAAUGCUUAUCACAAUCAUUUCCGUCAACGCAGAUUGCUGAAUUAUUGGGUGUUACAUUGACUGUUCUUCAAGAGAGCAAAAUGUUACACAUAAAUCAAGCGACGAUAUGCGAGCUCCUCAAUACCAUAAUCAGUUAAAAUGAAAAUAAUAUUAGUCUAGACUUUUUUUAACUAGGAUUCCCAUUGAUUGGAUUUUUUUAAUAAAUAAAUAGCCUUGGACGUUUUACACUGCGCCUCUAGUCCCAAACUAGAUUUGUAUUAUACCAUGCUAUACCCAUAGGUAUUCCGCUAUUAAUAACUUAAAUGAGAUCAGCCUUUCCAAGUACCUAACUGAAUAUGAGCACCAUGUCUUUACAAUUAUCAUCAUUUCAGCCACAGGACGUCCACUGCUAAACAUAGGCUUCCCCCAAUGACUUCCACAUUGCACGGUUGGUAGCGGCCUGCAUCCAGCGCCUUCCCACUACCUUUAUCAGGUCGUCGGUCCACCUUGUGGGUGGACGUCCCACGCUGCGUUUUCCGGUACGCGGCCUCCAUUCCAGAACCUUGCUGCCCCAUCGGCCGUCAGUUCUGCGUACUAUGUGCCCUGCCCACUGCCACUUCAGCUUGCUAAUCCGCCGGGCUAUGUCAGCGACUUUAGUUCGUUUACGGAUCUCCUCAUUUCUGAUUCGAUAAAGAAACACGGAGCAUAGCCCUCUCUAUAGCACGCUGUGCAACUUUGAGCUUCUGUAUAAGGCCUAUAGUACCACUACCACUAUAGGCCACGUUUCCGAGCCAUAAGUCAUCACAGGUAACACACAUUGGUUGUAGACUUUCGUCUUCAGGCACUGAGGUAUUUUGGACGAAAAGAUGUUGCGUAGUUUCCCGAACGCUGCCCAGCCGAGUUGGAUUCGACGAUUGACCUCCUUCUCGAAAUUGGAGAAGUCCAAUUACAAUAUCAAAUGUUAUUUCAGUUAAAUUAUUUAUUAGGUAUUAUUAAUUCUUCAUAGAUAUAGGUAUGUAUGUUGUCUUAACUUAAUAAAUGAACAUUACCAAGUUA